CCUGGCUUUGGAGAGAUGCAGAAAGGCAGCCAACCAAGGAGACUUACUCUGUCUUCCUCACUUAUUCCCUCUAAUGUUUCUCUCCUAGUUGAGCCCACAGUGACUGUGUAUCCCACAAAGACCCAGUCCCUGCAGCACCACAGCCUCUUGGUCUGCUCUGUGAAUGGUUUCUAUCCAGGCCCCAUUGAAGUCAGGUGGUUCCGGAAUGGCCAGGAAGAGGAGGCUGGGGUCGUCUCCACAGGCCUGAUCCGUAAUGGAGACUGGACAUUCCAGACCCUAGUGUUGCUUGAAACAGUCCCUCAGAGUGGAGACGUCUACACCUGCCAAGUGGAACACCCAAGCCAGGUGAGCCCUCUCUCAGUGGAAUGGAGGGCCAAGUCUGAAUCUGCACAGAGCAAGAUGCUGAGUGGAAUUGGGGGCUUUGUUCUGGGUCUGCUCUUCCUUGGGGUGGGGCUGUUCAUCCACCUCAGGAAUCAAAAAGGACACACUGGACUUCAGCCAACAGGACUCCUGAGCUGAAGUGAAGAUGAUGACCCUCAAGGAAGAACCUUCUGUCCCAGCUUCUUCGCAGCAUGAAAAAUUUCCUACUUGACUCUUACUCCAUCAAGAGAGUGCUUCCUCAGAUUCUGGUUUGCUGCUGGUUCAGUGACCCUGCAGAAAAUGCCCUCCCCAAUGGAUUCCUCAUCCCCUGCCCUAGGCCCGGAAGUCCCCACUACUGAUUGCAGGACUUAAUUUUCAUUCUUUCCCAGUCCCCUUUGUAUUCAACCCUUAUGGCCUCCCUUGCAUCUGAACUCAUUUUCUGCCCACAUCUUUUUAUAAAGUAUUUCUCAAACAAGCCUGAAGUGAAAA